UGUCAUGAUUGUACCGCCAGAUCCGAAGUGCCCCCCUGAUCGAGACUCGAGAUCAUUCAUUCUAUGGGGGCUGCUGACACUGUAACUGCGCUGGAGGGCGCGUCUCUGCCUGGCAUUGUGGCCACAGGCCUGCUACUGGGACUGGUGCAUGUUCUAACGGGUCCUGACCACCUGAGUGCGCUUAUUGUGCUAAGUGCAGGAUCGUCGUGGCGCUCGUGCCAGUUGGGCAUGCGCUGGGGCUGCGGCCACUCGACCGGCCUCAUUUUGGUUACCGUGUGCUUCCUGGCGCUCAACCAGCGACUGGAUGUGGACACGUUCGGCAGCUACUGCGACUUUAUGGUGGGCUUCCUCAUGAUGGGGCUCGGCCUUUGGAGUCUGCGCUACUACCUCCUACUGCGCCGUAAGCUGCAACUUAAGCACCACCCGGCAGGAGAGACGACGCCGUUGCAACUUGAAGCAGAGCUACAACGAUUGAAGGAGGACGCUUCGGACAGCGACACGGAGGUGCAAAAGAUACUGCACGCCCAUGAACUGGACCACCACGGUCCUGCAGUGUCCACCGACUCGCACGAAUCAACCAAAAAGACCUGCUGCUUCGGCCUCAUCAAGGCAGACAUUAAGAACCCGCGCACGCAAAAGCUCACAGCUUUCGCGUACGGUACGGCUCACGGCUUGGCUGGUACGGGUGGCAUCCUGGGUGUGUUGCCGGCGGUGAUUCUCAAUGAUUGGGCCAAGUCGUUCGCUUACCUCGGCGCCUUCUGCGUGUCCUCCAUCAUCGCCAUGGGUGGCUUCGCGGCGCUGUAUGGAGAAGUAACCGGCCGAAUGAGCCGCUUCUCAGACUCGUCACUCGUGCGCGUCGGCAUCUUCUCGUCCAGCGUCUCGAUCUGCGUCGGCAUCAUGUGGGUCAUCCUCGUCUCGACGGGUACAUUGGACGAAGUGUUUGGAUAAGCCCUGGUACGUGUACACCCCAGAAGAGAUAAAAGACUCAAUCACCCUGAACGUGCUCUAGGCAAACAAAAACUGAAUUGCACUGUUAUACAACCGAUAGGGGUUCAUGUUCUUCUCUGCACUAACCACAAGCCCACUUCCGAAAUCUUUGCUUAGCGGCGACCUUGGUCUAUUCGGUCUUGAUCUUCGUCUCCUUCUUCACGUACGGGAAGCUAGAGUAGAUGGCCAUACUCGUGGCAACGAGGCCAGCAGCGAUGAAUACCUCGUUGGGCAGUACAGCACCGUAUACGUAGCUUUCCACAAAGGCCGUGAAGGCAAUGCCACAGAUCAACGCAAAUGACUUAAGCAC